GUAAACCUUAUUGGCAUCAUAAAACCCUUUUAUUUAACAUGCGUGUAACCUUUGAAAGAUCAGGUACAUUUUUUGCAGAAAUUCUUCUUCUUCAGUUGACCCAACAAAGUAAUUGUGGCGAUCAUACAAAUAGAAACUUGAUAACUACAAUAAGUAUCCGCCUACGAUCACGUUUAUCUACAAAAAGGUCCACAUAAUCCCCCUUUUUUGAUUCGUAUUUUCUUUCACGUUUUUGUGACAGCUACAAUAUAAAUAUGACACAGUUUUAUUUAUCACUCAUGUCUGCCCCUUUUUUAAGAUUGUACAUUGACCCAUGUCGAAUGCAAAGAUUGCGCAAGAGAUCUUGCGCCAUAUAAUCAGUUAUUUAGACGAUGCUGAUUUUGGCAAUGUAUUGUUCGUAUGUAGAGAUUGGUACAAGGCAUCACUUUCUGCAUACUUUCGGAAAGCUUUCAUUAGCGAAGAGACGGUUGAUGUAUACCAACCUUGGACGCAUGCUGAAUUUACACAAGAACUAAAAAUGACGACACCGCAUAGAGAUUGCACGAAUUUCCUAGUUGAACAAGACUUUUUACAUAUGCUUUCGCGGUUCCCAAGGUUAAAAAAACUUGAUCUUUCUUCAAGUCGAAAUUAUAAAAAAUAUAUGCAAGUGCUAGCUGAAAGAGUUGACGCGAAUUUGUAUUUACAGUUCAUUGAAGAGAUCAAAGCUGUUCCUGAUAACAUGUACCUUCAUCUUUACUAUUUUGCUGCCUGUUAUAACUUCCGUCAUUCUCUUCGGACACUUGAACUGUAUGCAAUUGAUUACGCGACAAAAUCUGAUGGACCCAAAAGUUUCACUUAUUAUUUACCCCAUUUUACCCAGCUUACAAACUUAACUGUGACGAAUCGCUAUUUAUCUGAUAUAACUUUGUUUGACAUAUUACUCCAUUGUGACAACUUGACAAGCCUAAAUUAUGAUAACCAGUGUCCGGUUCCUUUGCAUGCCAAAAACCAACUGGGCACUACGAAUAAUGUAAACCUAAAAAGGUUGACAUUAGUUAUCUACUCUGAUGCAACCCCAUAUCUCGAUUAUAUCCGAUCAAACUAUUGUUUACAAUCCUUGACUCUGGUCAUUGGCGGAGACAUAUUCCAGUGGUUUAAAGAUUUUCACUCAUUUGCUGGAUCACUUCUAAAAUUCAAAAAUGUAACCAUUAAGAAGAAAGAACGGUAUUUACAUGAUUUGUUUCCAUCACAAACAAUCGCAUUUUACAACUUUUUGAUGUCAUUGAAAGGGAAAAGUGACUUGCUAUUCAAUGCUACUUUCAAGUCUUGCCCAAAUGACAUGGAGGACAUCAUAAGUAUUUGUAAUUCUCAGCUCAAUUUUGUGUAUCAUACAUCCCAUGACAAUCCUUAUGACUUUGUGGACACGCGAAAAAUCGUGAAGUCUAUCAAGUUUUAUGCAGCAACAGCAGUAUUUCCUUUUGCUUUAUUGAAAUACAUGAAGAGCUAUAGAGAUAUCCAAAAAGCGACUAUAAUUGUGGAUAAUGGGAGUAUUGACUUUACGAGUACCGCCAUACGUCUGAACAGAUUCCACAUUUCGGAUAUCACAUUUUAUCGGCUACGCCAGUAUUCGCCCCAUGUGCAAUACAUGGAGAUAUCAGGCAGUAAAUAUGGUGGUAGGCUGAAAAAAUUCUGCUUUGACAUGCGGGAUUUCAAAGAAUUACGGGUUUUUACCUUUGACAUAAACCAAAUUGACACAACGGCCGAAUUUACCUUUAUCAAGCUUGACCUUUGUUCCAAAUCUCGUUACUUCAGAAUAUUUAAAUCUGGCGGAAAAUAUUACACUCAAAUGGUCUCCGAAUCUUAUGUAUCGCAACUUUGUCGAUACUCCUUCACUUGUAUCUUUAUGUUUUCUAAUAGCUCUGUAAAAAUUCAUUUUAGAGAUUAAAUAAAAACUUAAACACACAGCUUUCUUUAAUAAAGCACUACGAUUUAUGCAGCGAUCGGUGCUUAAA